UUAUAUAGGUUAUUACAGUAUAAUAUAGGAUAUUACAGUAUUAUAUAGGUUAUUACAGUAUUAUAUUAGAUAUUAUAGUAUUGUAUAAGAUAUUACAGAAUUACAUAGGACAUUACAGUAUUAUAUAGGUUAUUCCAGUAUGAUAUAUGUAACCUGUGAGUGUUCAUCGCGCUGUGACUUGGGUCUGAAACGUGAGCCGACUGACAUGCAGCUGCUGCGGCAAAUGCGCAGCGAGGACAGGUGGCGUGCGUCCGGCUGCAGCUCCGGCUGUGGCGCUGAAUAAAGGGGGUCACGUGACAUGCGCCUGCUUAUAUACCCCAACUGGCCUGGAGCGUUGAUGUGGUUAUUUAUAGUCGGUUCUGAGCAGAUAACGAAGGCUAUUCUUGAUUUCUUCUUCUCCCAUGUGUGCCUCUCGCGCGCUGCUGUCCCCCGGAGGCUCGGUUGUCUCAUGCGGGGUCUUCGCCCUGCAGCUCGGGGGAGGUUCAGGUCUGGACACGCAUGGAGGCAAACGCCCAUCGUGGUUGUGACCAUAUCUGCUUGUGGUAAAAACACGACGUAAACAUCCCUAGGUUGGUUCGUGAGGCGUUCACGGGCAAUAGGGCUGCUGGCAGCUGUCGACAACAUUUGCAUAGAGAGGUUUGUUUUGGGUGAAAACAGCUUCAGCUGCCGGCGUUGAAGAAUCCGGUGGAUCUUUUUUCUCUGCAUGUAUUCUCGCACAUACAUGUGCAUGUAUAUGUUGUGCUACAUGCCUGAAUCAUUGCGCAUUCAGGGAUGGAGGACCAGGCACAUGGAUACCUUGGCGCAGUGAAUUGGUGCGUUUGCAUGCAGCAGCCUCGAGCGAGCUCUCUGUGCCUUUUGGAUGCACCUGCGCACUUUUGGAGAGGUGCAUUUGGAUCCAUAGCUCUCUCUCUCUUGCCCUGGUUGAAGUCUAAUCCGUGUUUUUUGUGGACCAGUCCACACGAUAAGGGUCUCUUUGACUCGUGAAUACCACCAAUGUGAUAUUUUUGGCCUCCCAGAGAUGCUUCAGGGCUUGGCAAACGCACAACGGGCACAGCAGAAAGCGCCGGAGUGUUCCCGACUGACAAUCGCGCUUCAGUCUCAGCUGUACGAGCACUGGAUGGGCCAGAAUAAGUUGAAACAACAGGGGGAUUGCUGGGAAGAAGAAGGAAGCUACCGAGGUUGGGACUUUGGAGAGGGAGGUGUAGCAACUACCACUCUCAAUAAAAGGUUACCAUCCUCCCGGGAGCCGCCGCCACUCCUCUUCUCACCGCAACAGCUUCAGGACGAGGAUCCUGGAGAAGACGAGAGGUUCAAUACGGCAACGUCUGCCCACCGCGAGCUCAACGUCGGCCCCGCCCCCAGCAGCGCGAUGGAAGAGGAGAUCCUGGAGGACCGGGCCAAGCUGAAGCAGGGCCUGGUCAAGGUGCUGCAGUGCGUGGCCACCAUCUCCUCGGCGGCGGCCGUGGUCAACCCCAUCUUCGGCGUGGCGGGCUGCCUGAUCCGGGUGGUGCUGCACCACGUGGACGACGAGGACAUCCGCACGCUGAAGCGCGAGUUCGGCUCGGUGCACCGGGCGCUGGACGAGCUCUCGCAGACCAACCGCAACACGCUGGUGCAGAUCAAGAAGGAGACGCUGGACGGGCAGUACUGCCGCGUGGAGGAGAACCUCAAGAACCAGUUCCGGAAGUUCAUGGAGAUGGUGGAGGCGCGGCCGCAGCACCGCGAGCGCAAGAAGGACGACUUCGAGGAGAGCUACGCCAACGACAUGGGCGACCAGAACCUGCACACGCUGUACGACGGCGUGGUGGGCCGGCCCAAGCUGUUCAGCCGGCCCGUGCUGGAGGUGUACCUGAAGCACUCGCAGGGCGACCGGCGCACGCUGGAGCGCCUGUGCACGCGCCUCACCUACCUGUUCUGCAUCGGCCUCAUCGCCCUCAUGGGCUACGCCGCCGUCAUCGGGGACGACGAGGAGGGCCUGAGCGAGGAGUGGGCCGAGAAGAUGGAGCACGUGCAGGAGAAGAUGCAGGAGGCGCUGGCCAGGUGCAAAUGAAGAGGAGGAAGAGGAAGAGCGUCUUUGUUUUCUUCUCCUGUGCUGCUUCUCCCUCAUAGUCUGGACUCGCAUGUCCACAUUCCCUCUGCGGUCACUCGAAUGCCCAGUGAUGAUGAUGGUGAUGAUGAUGAGCAGCAUCUCUCUCGUGCUUUUCAAAAAAAAACUAUGUCUCCACACGUCACACGCAUGUUUGAUCUUUCCGGGUAAAUUAUGCCACAUUAAUUUGUUUAUUUUGGCCAAAAUUCGCAGAAACGUGAUGAAUCUGGAUAUUUACAGAUAAAUCAUCUUAAUUAAUAAUUAGUCACAGGGCUAAAGUGAAAGCUACAUUGUGAACAAUGAUGCUACAUCUUGCAUUAAAUAUGACAACAUUUAGGAAUAAUGUAUCCGAAUGCGAUUGCAGCCCUUUGAGACCUUUUUUCUAAAAUAUUGGCAGUUUCUUGUAGUUUGUUGACAUCGUUUGAGCUCCGAGAUGAACAGCUGAACAACACUUCCACAUGAGGCAACGAUUAGAAACCAGCUCAGGCUGCAGUCUCACCUGUCUCCACCAGAGGGCGCCAUAUUCAUUAGAAUUCUCUUACUGAGUAGUUACUGCUGAAAACAAGGAGGACGUCCCAAAGUUUCCGUAGCUACAGACAUAACAUCAUAUUUAAUAAUAAAUCAUAUUGCCGUGUGCAAAUGAACAAAAACACGCCACAUUGUGUUUCUCUGCGUUCUCGCUGCUGUCGAACUAUUGGAUUUAAUGUCCAGAGUUUAUUUGAAUUUUCCUUUCAGUGACAUUUGUGGUUAAUUAUAAAACUAACGACACAACAGACAAUCUGAUUUAACAUCUGGAAAAAUGCCAUUAGAAGUCAGCUUGAAGUGAUGAGACGUGAGCUUCUCCUCACUGGGAAGAUACAACGACCCCGAAUGAAUCCGACCACUCGCAACUUGAUUUUCUAUCGUGUGCAAUUAUCACUGACUUCAUUUGGCCGUUAAGAGCCUUAAUAUCGUUGUUUUUAUUUUAUUUUUCUACAUUAGUCCAGCCCGAGCUCCACGGUAACCGUCUCCUCUCUGACCAACAGUGCCUAAACGUGACGAUAGUUUUGUAUUAUUUUAAGCAUUUAACUCCAUGCAUUGUGUUGAAUGGUCUUUACACUACAGAGUUCAUAACUAUUCUUUUAUAAAUGUCUUUUUUUGGGUUUGUUUUAUUAUUACGUCAUCACUAAACAUCUGCUGGUCGUUAAAAUAUCAGUUUAUAUUUUAUUUUCUUCAUAUUUCACACGUCUAGUUUCACUCUGGUUGCUUCUGCUCCGUGGCAUUGAGAUGUUUAUUGUUACAACAGAUUAAAUACGCGCUAAAUGCUGUCGAUAUAUAUUAUAUAUAUAUAUAGAGGGAUAUUAUAUGAAAUGCCAUAUAUGUGAAUAUGUUGCCUUUUUGUUAUGACACUUGUUGGUUCCUGGUUGUUUGUGUUCCACGUUAAAUAAAAGAUGAGUGAGUUAAACGGA